AUAUCUUACAAAUACCACAUUCAAUUGAACAAGUUUUCAUUGCACAAAAAAUGGAGUUCUACACAAGGCCAAAUAGGAGUGACAUCCACCUCUCAGCAGAGGAAGAAGCCACCAUAGAGGCAAAGACCAGAGACUACUUUGAUGGGGUUGCACCACAACGCCACACAAAGCCUCAACGAAGUGAGUAUUCAGCUCAAUAUGUGGAUGCUUUCUCCAAUGCCCAUCACUCUUCUUCUUCUUCUUCUUCUUCUUCUAUACCAGAAUUCAUGCAAUUCCAACGCCUCGAGAAUGAUCCCCAAGAGAAGAAAUUGGAGUACAAUGGAAGUCAAGUACCGGAAGAAUUUGUGGAAACAGAGUAUUACCAAGAUCUCAACAGCGUGGACAAACACCACCAUACGACGGGAACAGGAUUUAUCAAAGUAGAGAAAAAUGGAAAUGACUUUCACAUAGAACCAGAUAAUGACACUGGUUGCCAUCACUCUUGCAAGUGCAAUCCAGCAACCAAUGAUUGGGUUCCUUCUCCUUCCAACGAGGUGGGUUUCAAUUCAGACAAACCUAACAGGAGUGACAACUAAGAAUGGAGGAGUGGUUACAUGAAGAUAUCAAUAUCUCAGCUUCUUUUCAGAUUGUGUGGAUUCCACGUGGCGUUUAGAGUUGCAAACCAAAUAAAUUUAAAUAAACAAAAAAAACUUGUGAGUUGGAUUCAAGGUUAUUGUGUUUGAGAUAUGGUACUAGUUAGCAUUUCAUCUUGUAUCAUUGAUGAUUGAUGUCUUACAUUCCUGGAUAUGUCUUUAAUCGCAUACAUAUAAAGAUUUUUAAAGCAAACUAAUAUUUUAGUGAUGCAUAUAUUAAUCUUAUGAUGAUGUCAUGGACACAGUCUUUUCACUAUAUGAAAGGCAAAAGUGACUUAAGUUGAGAAUGUGUUGUAAUUAGUAUGUCUAGUUUAAACACAAGGAUUCAUUCUAUAGCAAUAGCAUCCUGCAGGACUAUGAGGAAUGAAUUGUUAUUUAC